AUGGCGUAUCUCUUUCGGACAACAGCACUAGGUGCAUUUGCUCGACUAGUUACCGGAAACAAAGUCAUUGGAUUUCCAACCGAAAAGCAUAAGUACUGUACCGGCGAAAACUCGAGCUUCGCUGAGAACAAAGAGGAAAAGGAGGAACUCUGGAUUCCAGUGACAUGGGUAUCCGAUGAGGAUAUAGAAAACCCUCACAACUGGUCGACAACAAGAAAGGUGGCGGUGGCGUUUCUUAUUUGUAUACUGUGGAUCAUCAAUAUACGUCCCGAGCGAAGAGUAAUGGAAGAGUUUGGCGUUUCAGAGGCCGUCGCCUCCCUGGGCCUAGCUCUCUACGUCCUCGGUUAUGGCAUUGGGCCCCUUCUCUUCUCUCCGUUGAGUGAAAUUCCGCAUAUUGGCCGGAACCCCGUCUACAUCAUCACAUUCGCCAUCUUCAUUGCCCUGUCGGCCAUAGCCGCGAUAUGCAAAAGCUUUGCGGGGUUCCUAGUCGUGCGCUUUUUACAGGGCUUCUUUGGCAGUCCCUGUUUGGCGACCGGGGCAGCGUCCCUAAGUGACAUGUUUUCAGUUGUAUAUGCGCCGUACACCCUGGCGGCGUGGUCCGGUGCUAUGUACUGUGGCCCUGCGCUUGGUCCGUUGCUAUCUGGAUUCUCCGUAUCUGUCAAAGGUUGGCGCUGGUCUAUGUGGGAGAUAGUCUGGCUCGCAGGCUUUGUCUUCGUCCUGCUUGUGUUGUUUCUUCCCGAGACAUCGGCACCAACACUACUGUUCUACAAAGCCAAACGUCUCCGGCAAGAGACCGGUUCGGACCGAUUUGUCACCGUCGAUUCCUUGCGGUCUAAGGGCGUCUCGCGCAGCCAACUAGUGAAGCUUGCGCUUAUUAAACCAUUCGAGAUCACCCUCAAGGACCCUGCCAUUGCGUUUGCGAAUUUUUAUACCUCUCUUACAUACGGCAUCUACUACUCCUUCUUCGAAGUAAUCCCCAUUGUAUAUCCUACCGAAUACGGCUUCAACAUUAGCGAGACUAGCGUGGUCUUUGUCUGCGUUCUCAUCGCAUGCAUCAUCGGUGCAACUUGGUACUGCAGCUGGUACCGUGUCUUCGUCCAGCGCCGCUUCGAGCGACUCGGCACUUUCGACGUUCAGGAGACCUUUCUACGCCCCGGCCUCGUGGGCGUGUUAGGCAUUCCAAUCGGCAUGUUUCUCUUCGGAUGGGCGGCGCGUGCAUCGGUUCCCUGGCCCGUGCCGACACUCGGUGUCGUCAUCUUUUGCGGGUGCUCAUUUGUUGUCGGGUUGGGUAUCUUCCUACACCUCCCGUUGAGCUAUCCGGAGUACGCGGCAAGCCUGUUUGCGGCCAACGAUGCGCUACGAAGCUCAUUCGCGGCGGGUGCGGUGCUUUUUGGGCGGCCGCUAUAUCUGAACUUGGGGGUAGGGAAGGGUUGCACCUUGCUUGGAGGGUUAAGCAUCCCCCUUGUGGUAGGAUUUUGGUAUUUGUUCAUGUAUGGAGACAAGUUAAGGAAGAAGAGCAAGUUUACUUCUUAUAUCAACACGACAGCUCAUCCGAUCGAGGAGCUCUUCGCAGCCCGUGGAUCGUAUACAGGUACGCGCGGCCUCAUUAGUAUCCGUUCAUCCGUGCCGAGACCGGUUCGCUACAUGACGACUGCUGAUGAGGCUAUUUUGGAACUUGGAACUCAGCAGUAUGGUGCUUCGAUGCUCGCAGACUAG